ACUUAAUUUUAUUUCGGUUAUCAUAAUUUAUUAAUAAUAAUAGUAAUAAUAAUUCGGGAGGCGGUCCUCCAUUGAAAAUCCAUUAACAACACCCAGACGUAGUCAAUUGUGUCUUAUAAUUUAUUAAAGUUUAUUCAAAAAUGUUUCAAGACUUUUUCAAAUUGACAGAAGAAACCGAGAUCCAAUCCAACUCGAUUGAAUUUUCGAAAGCGAUUGCAAUUAACUUCAUUCAUGGAUUUAUAACGCACUGCCGAUUUCGCGGAUGUCAUCCAAGUUACCUUCCACGUAACAUCCACGAAAUAAUCAUGUUAUUAAGAUUCUGCGUUUUUUAAUAUCAGCGAAGCUCGGCCCGGACACCGGGUGGAUAAAGUGUUUUCAAUAAACUGUUAUAUUAUCUGAAGUAUUUUUAAUUCUUCCUCAAUGUUGCAUCUUUGACGGACGACUUUUAACAACACAUAAUAAUUAAGGCAUCGAGAUAUUGCAGCAGGCUUGAGAAAUUAUGAUUUCUCGUCGAACAAGAAAAAGAAAAGGCACAAUUUUCUCAAACAGUUUCAAGCAAAAAAAUAUUAACCCGUACGGAACCAUUAAUUAUUCGAAGAACCUACUGCACGAUCAUCCGUACGAGACUCGUUCGAAAAGAAAUCUUCGUGAGAUAGAAAUGAUGGAUUUGAUUAAAUCUCUUAUCCCAUCGAGACAAUUAUCCGAAAACAGUGUUAUAUAUUUGGGUUCGUUUCAUAAAAGUCCGCAGCUCAUAACGUUAGAGGAUAGCAACGACAGCUUUCCCGAAAAAGUUAUUCAACGAAACAUGGAUCAAUACCAAAAUGAGAAGUCAUUUAAAGAAUCAAUUCCGAGGGGUGGAUUCCGAGCCAACGUGCGUUAGGACAAGCCAAGCUCUCGUUUUCUUUACAAAGCGUCGAU